UAGCUCGAAGGCAGGAACCGACGACGCCGAAACGACAGUCGGCGACGAAACGAACGAAGGCGCUCUCCGCACUCUCCGACGACCCGGUCGGUGGCCUUACCCGCGCGCUGCCUUUCCUGGCGCUUUUCACGCUCUCUUCGCACAGUAGACCUCUCGCGUAACGGGGUGCGUACACACGCGGCUCUCACCGUUUGUAGGCCACGCAGGAGGAGAAGCGCGCGCCGGGCAAACGCGGCACCAUAUUUCUUUUCUUUUCCCAGACACCAUCCGAACGACGCACGGAGGCCGGUGUAAGCUUGUUCUCGGCCAGGACGACCACCGCGAAGACCUCCGGCCGUCGCAGCCUCGCGCCCACGUGGUGUGUCCGAGAGGAAGCUAGCCCCGGCUGCUCCGGCCAGAUAAACCGUUACCAUGGCGACUAUGCUAGCCAAUAUGCUCAAGUUCGCCCUUGUGACAGCCAUUUUUAUUGUUGGAUUGAGGUCGGAAGACUCCCAGGCGGAGGACGCAAGUUCCCACAGGUACAACAUUCGCCUGGACAAUAGAACGAGCUUCGAAAUUACCACGCAUGGCUUUCAAGAAUUUUCGAAGUGCCUAAAGCGUGGAGCAACAAAGGAAAACAACACCGUAGACAUUGUGAAGUUCAACAAGUGUGCUCGAGACCUGUACGACCGCGUCCAGUCGAAUAUUACAGAUCACCUGCGCAUCAGGGACGUAGGUGAGCUGGGCACUGCGUUGCGAAACCUUUCCUCCCUUCACCGACUGAACGGCAACAUCGUCAAGAACCUGGAAGCUUUGCAGAACAGCUUCCAGAGGCUGCGACUGCCACAUUCUGGUGGCGCACAAGGCACCGAACCCUUGCAGCGAACAUUGCAGUCGGCCAGCGAAGCGUUUCGCAACAUGUCCAAGUCGGUGACAUCAGGUGCCGCUCUGCAGACAGUGGUACAUAACUUCAACCGAACGUUGCAGACAUUCAACAGCAUAGCCACGGCAGGCGUGAAUGCCAUGACGCCCACGGCCAAUCAGCUCAUGCACCGCUUUCAGGAAGACUUGAAGAACAUCCAAAACGUGACACGGUCCUUGCCCAGGACCGACGUGGCGCGGCUAACGGAGCAGACCAGGGGGAACCUGACCUUGCUGGUGCGCAACCUGACUGGGGCCCUGCCUGUGCUGAUGCGACGGAUGGCCACGCAGGGAGCCGAGAGCACACGACCGUUGAGGGAAUUUGUGACCGUGCUCUCGAACAAUCUCAGGAAUGCCUCGUUCGCUCUUUCUCCCAGCAGUAACUCGAGUGGAAACGCCACUAGCAGCACACUUUCUACGGCCAGUCACGACCUCCUACAGGCGUACGACGGCUUCCAGUUGGCCGUCAACAACGGAAUGCUCGCCAUGUCGGACUUGGUGCGCGGAUCAUUGAAGCUGGUCAACCCAGCAAACUGGCACGUCGGCCGCGUCGGGCUUGGCACCGUAGACGGACAAACGCCACAAGCUGGCAUCAACAAGUUCAUCGGGCACCUUUUCAGGAGGAGAGGCUAGGCGUGUAUAGCGUAGUUUUGUGUCUGUGGACUUGUUUUUUGCGUGCCGUAGGCGCAUACCAUCAGUUGCCUGGUGGAAGCCAGCUGCAAUAUUGGGCAUCAUUAAGGUCAUCUCGCUGACUUUGUGCACAGAAGCUGAGUUUGUGGUCGUGCAUUUAUUCAGUAGCCCUUUCAUCAGGAAGAUAGCCAAAUCGGUAUACAGGGAAACCUAAAUUUGGAAUGACGGAGGGACCCAAAGACUGCCGUUUGGAAGAACUUAUCUUGGAUGUGUGAAACUCUUGUGACGGGACAUACGAGCUACCUUAAGAAACAUUAUGGAGGGAGAUAUACUACGUUCGUCGGUCUUAUGUUCGUCAGUAUAAAGAAGCGCACUUACUGUAGCUUCUACUGUUUUGCAAGUUGGGAUUGUAAUAAAAAAUAAGUGUGGACCUUAUAUAAGGCUCCGAGGCAGAUGAAAGAAGGGAAGACUUUCUAGCAAGUGUACGUAGGAUUUCUGAAUAUUAUUGACGUGAGUCGUUUCACGGUAGUUAUGGGCUUCACAUCUGACCCACAUGGCCGUAUUGUAGGGAAAUUAUAUGUAAGAAGUGAAGUUGUUGUCGUACCAUAAUAGAUGGUAAUGUCAGCCAGGCUACAUUUCUUCAGUCAUAUGCAAUAACUUACCAACACUAGAACGUCACGUCUCGCGUUAGUGGAGCCUCCCUGAAACUAAUUUCGGUGCCGAAGGGCCACAGAAGUCAACGCUUGUUUUUGUAACAUCUAGCUCAGUCGCGUGCAAU